AUCCACAUGUCCUCCUUCCGUCACCGGGCAGAAUUUACCUUUCGGCGAGCUUAUUCGUAAUUGUAAUUCCGACGAGUUCAGUAAUUAAGCGAUAAAUAUACUAGCAGAGCAGGCGAGCGGAGGGCGGCAGUCGAGCUGCGACCGCGCCACGCACAAGACAUUCGCGCCAAGUGAUGUUCGAUGGUUACUACUUACUCGACAUUUUUCUAUCGGUCGUCGAAGGAAUCUCGCCGGACUGGUUCCCGCGGACCGCGCUAGUGCGCCGCUCUGGUGAACCCUUUCGCUCGUAAAUGUGCCGAUAUUUACAUAUGCACGCUCGAUCUUGCAUCGGACUUUCGAUCUGUGCCAGCAGCCCGGCCGCCCCAGCACCGCCGCCCCAGCGCGCUCAACCUCCGCACGACGUGCGAUGAUCCACGUGGGUCGAGGAGAAUUAUGCGUGGGGCGUGCGCGUGCGCAGUGGUGUGCGCGUUGGUGGCGCUGUGCGCAUGCGCGGGCCUGGACGAGAGCACGCGCGCCGCCGCCGAGCGGCAGCUGCUGUCGCUGCUGGGGCUGCCGCGCCGGCCGCCGCCGCGCCGCGCGCCCGCGCUCGUGCCGCGCGCCAUGCGCCUGCUGUACGACCGCAGCGCGCUCCCCGCCGCCGCCGCCAACACCGCCCGCUCCUUCUACCACACGCCCACGCACCUCGACGACCGCUUCCCCGGCGAGCACCGCUUCCGCCUGUUCUUCAACGUGAGCGGCGUGCCCACCGACGAGGUCGUCCGGGGCGCGGACGUCACGUUCCAGCGCGCGGUGGGCCCCACCGGCAAACAGAGACUGCUAUUGUACGACGUAGUGCGACCCGGUAGACGGGGUAAAAGUGAACCUAUAUUGAGACUAAUCGACUCCGUGCCCCUCCGGCCGGCCGAGGGCACGGUGCGAGCGGACGCGUCGGGCGCCGCGAGGCGGUGGCUCCGCGAGCCCCGCGACAACCACGGCCUGCUGGUGCGCGUCCUGGAGGAGAGCGCGAACGGCACGGACGCCCUGUACCCCCACGUGAGGGUGCGGAGACGAGCCACCGACGAGCACGAGGAGUGGCAGGCGCUGCAGCCGCUACUGAUGCUGUACACGGAGGACUCACGGGCGCGAGAGGCGCGGGAGCGGGGCGAGACGCGGCUAGUGCGCAGCAAGCGGGCGGCGCCGCACAAGCGAGCGCGGGCGCACCACCGGCGCAAGGAGGCGCGCGAGAUGUGCCAGCGCCGGCCGCUGUUCGUGGACUUCGCGGACGUGGGCUGGAGCGACUGGAUAGUGGCGCCGCACGGCUACGACGCCUACUACUGCCAGGGCGACUGCCCCUUCCCGCUGGCGGACCACCUCAACGGCACCAACCACGCGAUAGUGCAGACUCUAGUGAACUCGGUGAACCCCGCCGCGGUGCCCAAGGCGUGCUGCGUGCCGACGCAGCUCUCUUCCAUAUCGAUGUUGUAUAUGGACGAGAAGAACAAUGUAGUGCUAAAGAACUACCAGGACAUGAUGGUGGUGGGGUGCGGAUGCCGAUGACGACGGCGUCCGGCCUCGUGCGGACUCAGUGAUAGUGCCGGACCCGGUGUACAUAUAGCGGCGGUCCUUGUACAUAAUCAAAUUGUAUAUAAUAUGUAUUCGUGUUAAAACUAUUUUAUUACAAAAAUGAUAAUGAUACAAUAAAAAAUGUAAUAUU